AUGCGGCAUUGGAACGUCAAACUCGGCACUAUAAACAACAAUCAUAACCAUUGUAUCAUCAAUACAUUCACCCGCGCCUUUGCAAGUGCAAGCCGCAAGUCACCUACACCAACAUCCAAAUCAAAGUCCCUCGAGACAUCCCAGCACUCCGACCUCGCCUCAUUCCUCGCCCACGCAAAACGCACCGGCCUCGACGAGACUUCUCCCACCUUCACCGGAACCCGUUACGAGUAUCUCGUGGCCGAGCGCCUCGCCCGCUACGGCUUCUCCCUAACGCGAGUCGGGGGCGCAUCCGACUUUGGCAUCGACCUCGUCGGCGACUGGACCAUCCCGUCCACAUCGAGGACGCUCCGGGUUCUGGUGCAAUGCAAGGCCGGAUCUAGGGUAGGGCCGCAAUUCAUCAGAGAGCUGGAGGGCUCGUUUGUGGGCGCGCCGCCGGGGUGGCGAGGAUCGCGCGUGCUGGGGUUGUUGGUGACGGAGAAGCAGACGACCAAGGGCGUGAGGAAUGCCCUUACGAGGAGUCGCUCUGCGAUGGCGUAUGUUUGCUGUACGGGGGAGGAGGGGGUUGUGAAGCAGAUGCAGUGGAAUCAGCGGGCGGAUGAGGAAGGGCUGGAGGGGAUUGAUGUUGCGUUGAGGAGGGCUGGUGAGGAGGAGGAGGAUGAGAUUGUUCUUAUGAAGGAUGGAUUGCCGUUACCGAUUGUUGAGUAA